UACAUAUCUGCCAAGGAGGAAUGUGCGUUCCCGGGUGAGGAAUUUCCAUAAUAAAAUUCUGGCACCACAGCUCAAGAGGAUAGUUUUAUAGAAACACAGAAAAACAACAGCAAGUAUUUUCCCCGAGGACAGUUUUAGCUACAAUUCACCGACGCUGCUUUGUUAUUCCUGUCGUAUUUUAUGCUUUUGUUUUGAAACAUAACGCCGUUUUACCUGGACGCGCUCCCAGAUAAUCAGGAAUAGCUCAGUGUGUUGGCUGCCUCUGCCAAACGCGAGACCUCCAGAAAAUCAAAAGCCUCCACCUCUACAGCCUGCCUCUUCCCGCACCUCUGCCGCCCGCAGAGAAAAAAGGGUUAAGGAUUGUUGGAGAGGAGAGGAGAGCAGAGGAGAGGGGAGGGAGCCCGAGGAGGCCCACGAGGCUUUCAUCACCCGCAGCUCGCAGCCCCGUGCGAGCGCCGAGCUCCAGAGCACCUUUAGGUUUGCAGCAGGGAGGCUGCUACCUAGUUCCCGGACCGGCUGCCAGGAGUGGGCGUGGCCUCGGCCGUGUGGAUGCUGCUUAGGGAAGAUGCUGGGUGCUUUUGGGUGAACAGUGGGGCUGCGUGAGACCGAGAGAGCGAGCGAGCCAGGGUGGGAGGAGGUAGAGAAAAAGAGAGAGGGAGACAGAGGGAGAGAGAGAGAGAGAGGACAGGAGUAGUAAAGAGGGAGGGGAGAGAAGGAGCUAAGGUAGGACCUGGGGAAGGAGGGAGGAGUGAGGCAGAGACACCGAAAGAGACCCUGAGAUAUCCAGCACCCAGUCAGAGCUGGGAGAGGGACUGAGAGCCGGACUCCAGCGCCCCAAGCUACUCAAGAUCUUUUGGGGAGCUCAAUAAACGUGAACAUGAGGUCUAUCACCGGAGCUGUCCUCAAAACGCUACUUCUGUUAUCUACUCAAAAUUGGAGCAAAGUGGAAGCUGGCAAUUCCUAUGAUUGUGAUGAUCCUCUGGUGUCUGCUUUGCCCCAGGCAUCCUUCAGCAGUUCUUCUGAGCUCUCCAGCAGUCAUGGCCCUGGCUUUGCCAGGCUAAAUAGAAGAGAGGGAGCUGGUGGCUGGUCCCCACUCGUGUCGAAUAAAUACCAGUGGUUGCAGAUUGACCUUGGAGAGAGAAUGGAGAUCACCUCUGUCGCCACCCAAGGGGGCUACGGGAGUUCCAACUGGGUGACCAGCUACCUCCUGAUGUUCAGUGACAGCGGCAGGAACUGGAAGCAAUAUCGACAAGAAGACAGCAUUUGGGGUUUCUCAGGGAAUGCAAAUGCAGACAGUGUAGUGUACUAUCGGCUCCAGCCUUCUAUCAAAGCCAGAUUUCUACGCUUCAUCCCUCUAGAAUGGAACCCCAAGGGCAGAAUUGGGAUGCGAAUCGAGGUGUUUGGUUGUGCAUACCGAUCAGAGGUGAUUGAUCUUGAUGGAAAAAGUUCCCUUCUGUACAGAUUUGAUCAAAAAUCCCUGAGCCCCAUAAAAGAUGUUAUUUCCUUGAAGUUUAAAACGAUGCAGAGUGAUGGGAUUCUAUUGCACAGAGCAGGGCCGAGUGGAGAUCAUAUCACCCUGGAAUUAAACAGAGGAAAACUCUUUCUACUCAUCAAUUCAGGUUCAGCUAAACCACCCUCCACUCACACCCUGAUCAAUCUCACCCUGGGCAGCCUGCUGGACGAUCAGCAUUGGCAUUCUGUGCUCAUUCAGUGUCUGGGCAAACAGGUCAACUUUACAGUGGACGAGCACAGGCAUCGUUUCCACACGCAGGGAGAAUUCAAUUACCUGGAUCUCGAUUAUGAGAUCAGCUUUGGAGGGAUUUCAGCACCUUCAAAACCAGUGUCAUUCCCACAUAACAAUUUUCAUGGAUGUUUAGAAAAUCUUUAUUAUAAUGGAGUGGAUAUCAUUGAUUUGGCCAAGAAACAAAAGCCACAGAUUAUCAUUAUGGGAAAUGUGUCAUUUUCUUGUUCACAACCACAAUCUGUGCCUCUGACUUUCCUGAGCUCCAGGAGUUACUUAGCACUGACAACCUUUUCCAGAGAUGAUGAGAUUUCGGUCAGUUUUCAAUUUCGCACUUGGAAUAAGGCAGGACUUCUGCUUUUCAGUGAACUGCAUCUCGUUUCCGGGGGUCUCCUCCUUCUGCUCAGUGAUGGGAAACUUAAGCUGAAUCUCCAUCCACCAGGAAAAUUACCCAGUGACAUCACAGCAGGUGGUGGGUUGAAUGAUGGACAGUGGCAUUCCGUCUCCUUAUAUGCAAAAAGGAAUCACCUGACUUUGAUGGUGGACGGCCAUGUGACCUCUGCUUCCCCUCUGCUGGGACCUGAGAGUUACUCAGGUGGUGUGUACUAUUUUGGAGGUUGUCCUGAAAGAAGCUUUGCAUCAAAGUGUAAAAGCCCAGUUGGAGGAUUCCAGGGGUGUAUGAGACUUAUUUCUAUCAGUAAUGAAUUGGUAGAUCUGAUUUCAGUUCAGCAGGGGUCCCUUGGAAACUUCAGUGACCUUCAGAUAGACUCGUGUGGCAUCUCAGAUAGGUGUUUGCCUAACUAUUGUGAGCACGGAGGUGAAUGCUCUCAGUCCUGGAGCACCUUUCACUGCAACUGCACCAACACGGGGUACACAGGAGCCACCUGCCACAGCUCUAUCUAUGAGCAGUCGUGUGAAGCUUAUAAACACAGAGGAAAUACCUCAGGGUUUUAUUAUAUAGACUCUGACGGAAGUGGUCCUCUGGGACCAUUUCUUCUCUAUUGCAAUAUGACUGAAACUGCAUGGGCCAUCAUACAGCACAACGGCUCUGACAUAACAAGAGUCAGAAACGCUCAUCCAGAGAACCCGUAUGCUGGCUUUUUCGAGUACACGGCCAGCAUGGAGCAACUCCAGGCCACAAUUAACCGUGCAGAGCACUGCGAGCAGGAGCUGGCUUACUACUGCAAGAAAUCACGGCUUGUAAAUCAGCAAGACGGAACUCCUCGGAGCUGGUGGGUCGGAAGAACUAACGAAACACAGACUUACUGGGGAGGCUCAGUGCCUGACCCACAAAAAUGUACUUGUGGCUUGGAAGGGAACUGCAUCGAUGAUCAAUAUCACUGCAAUUGUGAUGCUGACCGGAGUGAAUGGACCAAUGACACUGGAUUCCUUUCUUAUAAAGAACAUUUGCCAGUAACUAAGAUAGUGAUUACAGACACGGGCCGGCCACACUCAGAAGCAGCUUAUAAACUCGGGCCUCUACUGUGUCAAGGAGACAAGUUGUUUUGGAAUUCUGCCUCCUUCAAUACUGAGGCUUCUUACCUUCACUUUCCGACCUUCCAUGGAGAACUUAGCGCGGAUGUGUCUUUCUUUUUUAAGACAACAGCUUUAUCUGGGGUGUUUUUAGAGAACUUGGGAAUUACUGAUUUUAUACGGAUAGAGCUACGCUCUCCAACAACAGUGACCUUUUCCUUUGAUGUGGGGAAUGGGCCUUUCGAAAUCUCUGUGCAGUCGUCCAGCCAAUUCAAUGACAACCAGUGGCAUCACGUUAGGGUUGAAAGGAACAUGAAGGAGGCCUCCAUUCAAGUCGACCAGCUGUCUCCAAAGAUCCAGGCUGCUCCAGCUGAUGGCCAUGUCCUUCUACAGCUCAACAGUCAGCUCUUUGUGGGUGGGACGGCCACAAGACAGAGAGGCUUUUUGGGAUGCAUUCGGUCACUGCAAUUGAACGGGGUGGCCCUGGAUCUGGAAGAAAGAGCCACAGUGACUCCCGGAGUGCAGCCAGGUUGUCGAGGCCAUUGUGGCAGCUAUGGGAAGUUGUGUCGCCAUGGAGGGAAAUGCAGGGAAAAGCCCAGCGGGUUCUUCUGUGACUGCUCCUCCUCCGCUUUUGCAGGGCCGUUCUGCUCUGAUGAGAUUUCUGCAUAUUUUGGAUCGGGCUCAUCAGUGAUUUACAAUUUGCAAGAAAAUUACUCCUUAAGCAAAAACUCCAGCUCCCAUGCUGCUUCAUUUCAUGGUGAUUUGAAGCUGAGCAGAGAAAUGAUUACAUUUAGCUUCCGAACAACGAGAACCCCAAGCUUACUGCUUUAUAUGAGCUCCUUUUACAAAGAAUACCUUUCAGUUAUCAUUGCCAGAAAUGGAAGUUUGCAAAUAAGGUACAAGCUAAAUAGGUAUCAAGAACCUGAUGUUAUUAACUUUGAUUUUAAAAGCAUGGCUGACGGGCAACUUCACCAUGUAAAGAUUAACCGUGAAGAAGGCGUGGUUGCUGUGGAGAUUGAUGGGAAUACAAGGAGACAAGUGUACCUGUCAUCGGGCACUGAGUUUACUGCUGUCCAGUCUCUGGUACUGGGCAGGAUUGGAGAGCACAGCUAUGUGGACCAUGACACAGCACUAGCUGGAGCACAGGGCUUCACAGGAUGCCUGUCUGGGGUGCAGCUCAGCCAUGUGGCCCCUCUGAAGGCUGCCCUUCGUCCCAACAACCCAGCACCUGUCACCAUCACUGGGCAUGUGACCGAAUCCAGCUGUGUGGCCCCGGCUGGCACUGAUGCCACAUCAAGGGAAAGGACACAUUCAUUUGCAGAUCAUUCUGGAGCAGUGGAUGAGCGGGAGCCCCUGACUAACGUAAUCAAAGGUGACUCAGCAGUAAUUGGAGGUUUGAUAGCUGUUGUGAUCUUUAUCCUGCUUUGCAUCACUGCCAUAGCCAUCCGCAUUUAUCAGCAGAAAAGGUUAUACAAGAGAAAUGAGGCAAAAAGGUCAGAGAAUGUAGACAGUGCUGCAACUGUUUUGAAAAGCGAGCUUAAUAUACAAAAUGCAGUGAAUGAGAAUCAGAAAGAGUACUUCUUUUGAUUGGCAGCUGUGAUUUUGCUUAUACCGAUGAGAGUUUGUUUAAUAGCCAGGGGCUUUGCAAAUGGACAAGAACUGCUCUCACACUGAAUGCACAGGCGAUGGAUUUGCAGCGCUGCCCUCUUGCCCUGUCCAGGCUCGGACGGCUCCAGGAGGCCUCUUCUAGUGACAGUCUUCUCAUGGCGUCACUGUGUAACAAGGAAUUAGAUACUGCCCUUAAUUUCCAGCUGUUCUGACAUGAUCGAAAACCAGUUUCACUUGCUUAGUGACUACAGUUUUUAAAUGUGGGAACUGUGGUCCCGGUCUCUUAACUGUCUAAUACAUAAGUUUUGUUAGAGAUAAAAAGUACAAAACUGGACUAUAAUGACCUUGCUUUGUUUGAGAACAUAUGCUGCGUUUGCUUUAGUCUCCCCUGGUGUUGUUCAUAGACCUGGAAACGCUCCUAAGAUCCUACUUGGCUGGUGUUUGCAUCUUCAGUGGCCAAAAGUAUAUGAAGCCCCUUUGCCUUUCUCUGUACUACGCUCAAUACAUCAGUAGUCUGGAAAAAUG